GACGCUCGCAUGGGGCGCUUGUGUUUCUAGUCGCGUGUCCGUCCCUUGCCUCGCGAUGCAGCGGCCGUGGAGAUGAGCUGUGUCGUCUGUCUCGCUCGCACCCCCCGCCCCCCGCACCAUGCCGCGCGUCGGCCCUCCCCGCGCGCGCCCUCUACGCACUCUCUACUUUAUUCUUCUCGGCUUCUUUCCUGCUGUGUUCACUGACCAGAGCAGUUCUGAGCGCUCCCUUGCUUCUCUGGACGAAGCUGAGCUCUUUCGCGAUGCUCCUCUUUACCCUCCUCUUCAAAACUCUGACACGUAUCGCUUCGACUCCCAGCCAAGCCUUCAAGAUAUCAAGCAAAACAUAGAAAGUGAUCAAACGAAUAUAGAAAACGAAUAUUUUUAUAAAACAGACGAUUCUGUCCUAAAUCAACCUGAUAUAGAAAUAAGAAAUGUUAAAACAUUUGAUGUUUAUGAUGAACCUGAAACUAAUAUUGAAGAUAGUGUUGUAGUGGCGCCAGAACGUACUGAAAAAAUAGAGUUUAUCCAAGUUGUUGAACCGCAGAAUAAUGUUUUUGAAAUGUAUGCAAAUGAGAAAGAUUUUUUCACUCCAGAUCAUGUUUAUAACAAUGAAAAUCCAUAUAAGCCUAAUAUAAUAGCAAGCGAUCUACCAACAGAAACCAGAGAACCUAGUGCUGGUUUUAUAGUUGCACCGGGAUCAAAUUCCGAUGAAGUCAAAAGAUUGCUAGACGAAGAAACUAAAGUGGAAGAUGAAGAUGAUGUUAAAGAAGUGAAAUCCGACAGCAGUGAUACUGAAAAUGAAACCAGAACGAAACGCAGCAGUGGUCAGGCUUGGGAGAAACCAGCAAAGGCUCGUCGUGUGAAAACCGGUGACACAAUACUCAACAUCCGCGGGGCAGUCCGCGACGCGAUCGGGGACGCGGGGGCGGCGCCGGGGCCACGGGCCUCCUCCCGAGUGGACGCCUUCGUCAUCAGACCCUCGCCGGUCAUGCGGGACGAGCCCAGGGACCAGGCGAGGGAAGCGGAGUCUCGAAGGGAGCGACAGCCUCCACAACCACAGAAAUUGGAGAAAGAACUCCUGGUGGAGGCGCACGCGCGCGCUCGCAUCACUUGCGACCUCGUUAAUGCUACUAACAUCCGCUGGUAUAAAGACAAUGAGCAAAUAAGCCUCCCGCUGUCCCCCGACGGUGGCGAGCCGUACCGAGACGGCGAGGCGGUGCUGAUCCCGCGCGCGAGCCGCAACCACGCCGCCAAGUGGCGCUGCGGCGGGCGCGACCGCACCGGCCGCGCCGUCGCCGGCCUGCCCACGCGUUUGCUCAUAUAUGAGCCCGUCCGAUCGGUAUACCUUGCGGUGGACGGCAGGAGGCUGGACGCUGGCAACACUUGGGUGCCGGUGCGAGAUAAAACCGUGCUGGAGGUUCGAUGUGUGGCUGAAGGUGGUGUACCUCCACCAGACCUGUCAUGGCGGCUGCUCGCGUUGGAACCCGCGCUGGACCAUAGGCCUUAUCUACGGAUUCAUCAUACUAACUAUUCAGUUGAGGGCAUGUCGUGGUCGCGCGUGGUGGUGACGGCGGCGCGCGAACUGCACAACGCCACGCUGCAGUGCGAGGCGAAGCAGCGCAAGCCGCCCGCCGACAACUCCACCAACCACUUCGACGUGAUGACCGCCAAGCUCGAGAUACACGUCACUUAUCCACCGUCGUUCGUGAUCUCGCGCUGGCCCGGGUUCGGCGUGUCGCUGUGGGCGGGGCGCGCGGCCGCGCUGCGCUGCGACGUGGACUCCAACCCGCCCGCACGCCCCGCUUGGACCCGGGACACGGACGUUCCUGCGCCCCAUAGCUCGCCCGCGCCCAUGGAGAGCGCGGACGGGUCGGCGACGCUGCGCUGGGCGGCGCUGCGGCCGGCGCACGCGGGCUGGUACCAGUGCCGCGCCAGCUGGCUCAACACGGAGUACUCCUCCAUCGGCUACUACCUCAACGUGCUGUCCCCCGACGAAUCAGCGCAAUCUUCGACGGAAUCCAACGAGGAGCCCGUCCAUCAGAAGGUAGAAGUGCCGCUCGGAGGAAAUGUUCAGUUACACUGUCCAAAGGGCAGCGUGGGCUGCUGGUGGCGGCGCGUGGUCGGCAACGCCAGCGACACCUGGGCGCCCGCCGGAAGCCAUCACGCGCAUGGCGUACUGGGUAUAUCGGAGGCGAUGUGGGAGGAGGGCGGCGAGUACCGCUGCGUGGGCGCGCGCGCCGCCGAGCGCACGCGCCUGCGCGAGCUCAAGCGCGUCACGCUCUCCGUCACCGGCGGAGCAACAGCCAAAACUAUAAGCACAGAGCCAGCUCAAAAUGGCUGGCGUCUCACCUGCGGGGUCUGCGGGCGGAACCUCCGCGUGCUGUGGGUCACCAGCGGUAGGUCCCAGCCCGCCAUCCUGACCCCCGACCUGUCCCAACACUGCUGGCGGGCCAUCCUCAUCACCCCCGACUCGGACGAGGUGUGGUGCGUGGCGGUGUCCUCCAGCGGCGGCGCCGUCGCGGUGUUCCCGAAGCGCAACCUCGCCGCGUCGCUGUCGCCCGCGAGGCACGCGGUCAGAGCGUUACAUUCUGGAACCCCCUUUCUAGAAUCAACCCUCUUUGUAGUGACCCCUUUCCUAUUUCUACUAGCUUCUGUGUUAGUAUGAAAGUGUUUUAUGUUAACCGACGUAGUCAAUUCUAUGGUGGGCUAUAAUAAUGGGUAGUUGUGUUUCCUUUCGCUUGGCUGAAUGGAUUGCCGAUGAGUUCCGAAAACAACGCUACCUACUAUUGUAAUAAAGACUGUUUGUAUCAAAAUAAUCUAACGAUUUUUACUUAUAACUGUAGUGAUAAAUAUACGCAGUGUGAAUUUAAGAAAUAUAAUUAGGUUCACAUUACAUAUAUCAUAUAAAUGUGCUAGUCAUUAUGUCUAUGUGAUACGAAAUAUCGUGGAUUUAGCAAAUUGAAUCAAUGUCUGUACUUAGGCUUAGUAGUGUCUCCAUCUAUCUCUUGUAAGCUAUCUAGAUCCUUCUAGGACUCAUGUGUAUUAGGUAUUAAGAGACAUUUGACGUGGCCCAUAUUAUGUGUAUGGGUUUAGUAUGUCACGUCGAACAUUUAUUAUUGAAUAAACGUAAACCUGAACUUUCUAUAUAAAUAAUAAAUUCUUUG